GCCACCGGAAGCGAGGAAGGUGCUGUGUAAUCACCCGGAGCCUGAGGCACUUGGAGCUGCUAAAAUGCCGGAUUACCUCGGUGCCGAUCAGAGGAAAACCAAAGAAGAUGAGAAGGAUGACAAGCCCAUCCGAGCUCUGGAUGAGGGGGAUAUUGCCUUGCUGAAAACUUAUGGUCAGAGCACUUACUCUAGGCAGAUCAAACAGGUUGAAGAUGACAUUCAACAACUUCUCAAGAAAAUUAAUGAGCUCACGGGUAUUAAAGAGUCUGACACUGGCUUGGCCCCACCAGCACUCUGGGAUUUGGCUGCAGAUAAGCAAACACUCCAGAGUGAACAGCCUCUGCAGGUUGCGAGAUGCACAAAGAUAAUCAAUGCUGAUUCAGAGGACCCAAAGUACAUUAUCAACGUGAAGCAGUUUGCCAAGUUUGUGGUGGACCUCAGUGAUCAGGUAGCACCUACCGACAUUGAAGAAGGGAUGAGAGUUGGUGUGGACAGAAAUAAGUAUCAGAUUCACAUUCCACUGCCUCCUAAGAUUGACCCAACAGUUACCAUGAUGCAGGUGGAAGAAAAACCUGAUGUUACAUACAGUGAUGUGGGUGGCUGUAAGGAACAGAUUGAGAAACUUCGAGAAGUAGUUGAAACCCCACUACUUCAUCCAGAGAGAUUUGUUAACCUUGGCAUUGAGCCUCCCAAGGGUGUGCUGCUCUUUGGUCCACCUGGUACAGGCAAGACACUCUGUGCUCGGGCAGUUGCUAAUAGGACUGAUGCUUGCUUCAUUCGAGUUAUUGGAUCUGAACUUGUACAGAAGUACGUCGGUGAGGGGGCUCGAAUGGUUCGAGAGCUCUUUGAAAUGGCCAGAACAAAGAAAGCCUGCCUUAUCUUCUUUGAUGAAAUUGAUGCUAUUGGAGGGGCUCGUUUUGACGAUGGUGCCGGGGGUGACAAUGAAGUGCAGAGGACCAUGUUGGAAUUGAUCAAUCAGCUGGAUGGGUUUGAUCCUCGAGGCAACAUUAAAGUGCUGAUGGCUACAAACAGACCUGACACUCUGGACCCAGCGCUGAUGAGGCCGGGGAGACUGGACAGGAAGAUUGAGUUUAGCUUACCUGAUCUAGAGGGUCGGACUCACAUUUUUAAGAUUCAUGCCCGUUCAAUGAGUGUUGAAAGAGAUAUCAGAUUUGAACUGUUAGCACGACUGUGUCCAAAUAGCACUGGUGCUGAGAUAAGAAGCGUCUGCACAGAAGCUGGUAUGUUUGCCAUCCGAGCACGGCGAAAAAUUGCUACUGAGAAGGAUUUCUUGGAAGCUGUAAAUAAGGUCAUUAAGUCCUAUGCCAAAUUCAGUGCUACUCCCCGCUAUAUGACAUACAACUGAGCCCUGGAGGUGUUCGUGAAAACACUGCUUUUCAUUGGAAUCCUAACCUUAAUACAAACUUCUUAAUAACCAUUUCACACACAAAAUAAAUGGUUUCAAAAUUA